CUUGACCAUCCGUCUUCCUCUGCUCUUACCUUUUUUGUAUCAUCACAACACGCGCAGAUUUUUAACUCUAAGCCUUAAGCAAUCCACAAAUCACCUAAACCACCAAUUACUCGAACCAGUCAUCAUGGGUCUCGGAGAAGAUAUCAAAGAGUUCGGAGAGGGUGAAAUGCAACAACAGGGUGGAAGCAACGGAAAUGAUAACAGCAACAACUUCAGCGAUGGCAUAAGCGAUAGCACCAAAGAUACCAUGACAGAUUCCGCCGUCGACUCAUUUGCGAGCAAGGAGGGAGUACCUUCCCAAUUGGACUCAGGAAUUAACAACGUUGUUAAUGAUGAGGUCAACAAGUUCUAGACAUUUAUAGUUGUUUUUGUGAUUAAUGUUUACUGAGUGUGGAUAUGGGCUGGAGCUUUAGUUUGGAUUGUGUACUAUUACCACUCUUGUUGAAUUUGAAUCAUAUCAAUUACACAAAA